UCCCGACUGGGUGAUGUGCAGCGGAGCCCCGCAGUACAGACUUGCACUGGCCCCUGGGUCCAGCAUGUGUGUUCCAGCUGGCUCGGGGAGCUCCAUCAGCACACAGGCAAAGCGUUGCAGCUGAACUUCCUGGGGAAACCUGCCGUUCCUGGGCACUGCUGUCCGUGUUCCUGCCAUGCCCACAGCCCAUUUGGCAGUCCAAAAAUUACUGUGUUCUGCCCUGUUGUCUUGUUUCUACACAUGCACAGUUAGUUUUCCAAGGAGAAAGCAAGCUACAUCUCAUACUUCACUAGACUUGCAGUAUUAGGAAUUUGUAAUGCUGACCAUGUGUACAGCCAGUACAAAAGCACGUUUUAUUGGUUGCCAUGUCACCAGCACUAGAUCACAGAUCUCUAGCCAUAGCGUGCCUCAGGCACAUCUCCCCAGCUCCUGCUUCCCCUCUGUCUCUGCAGGCACAUCUGCUGCCAUGGUGAAUGAGAAGCACGGUGGCAACCUCCUUGUGCAGCUGGGACCCAAACUGCAGGCCUGCCCGGAGAAGCUGCUCCAGCAGCGGCGAGGCCACGAUGGCCAGCCUGAAUACCUGAUCCAGUGGAGUGUGAUUAGCUUGGAAGAGAGAGCAGUGGGAGGCGGCAGUGCCUCCUCUGCAGAGACCAAGCCAGAGAACAUCUCGAUGUGGAUGUCUGCAGAAGAGGUCUGUGCCAGCUGCCCAGCACUGCUGGGCAAGAGGAGGCUGGAAGGGCGGUGGGUGAAAGAGGAGAAGGCGCCCAGCCCGUCGGCUGCAGAUGUGCCGCUGGAUGAAGCCUCGCUGCUGGAGAUGAAGGCCGACGUCAGGAGCCUGGUGCAGCGAGCCACGCGGCAGGUGGCCGAGGCCGGGACGCCCGAGUGCUCCAUCCUGAGCACCGUGCACGUGCUGAGCGCCUACGCCAGCAUCGGCUCUCUGGUGGGUGCCUUCAGGGAGACGGGAGCCCUGGACGUGCUGAUGAAGAUGCUGUGCCACAGGGAGAAGCAGAUCCGCCACGGUGCCGGCAAGAUGCUGCGGGCCCUGGCUUCGCACGAUGCAGAGAGCCGGGCCUAUGUCCUGCUGUCCCUGAGCCAACAGGAUGGCAUUGAGCAGCACAUGGACUUUGACAGUCGGUGCACCUUGCUGGAGCUGUUUGCUGAGAUAACAUCCUCUGAAGAGCAGGGCAUGUCCUUUGAGGGGAUUCACCUUCCACAGAUCCCUGGGAAGCUGCUGUUUGUCCUGGUGAAGCGCUACCUGUGUGUCACUUCUCUCCUGGACAAGCUGAGCAGUGGUGUGGAGCAGGGAGAGGAGCAGCAGGGCUGCGCUGUGCCCAGGCUGCUCCCUGAGGAGAGGAGCCGUGUGAAGCAGGAGUUUGAGUUCAGCAUGGCCAUGGCAAACCUCAUCUCGGACCUGGUGCACGUGAUGGGCUGGAACCACAGCCACAAGCCAGAGCUGCCGCCCCGAAGGGAGCUCCGGCCUCGCACCACCCGCUCCAUCUUCCAGCACAAAACCCCAGCCAGCACUGCUGCUGAAGCAGCCCCUAUUUCUCCACUGAAAGAGCCCAUCCCAUUCAAGACACGCUCGGCAUUCCCAAGCCGCAGCAGCUACGUGGAGUACGUGCAGGGGAACCUCGUGCCUGGCAUGCGAGUGCGCAUGCUGGAGGACUACGAGCAGGUCAGCGCGGGUGACGAGGGUGAAUUCCGCCGCAGCAAUGACGGCAUGCCGCCCGUGCAGGUGUACUGGCAAGCCCUGGGCUGUACAUACUGGGUGCACUGGCACAUGGUUGAGAUGAUUGGCCCUUCAGAGCAAAAGGAGCUCGAGGGCCAAGAGAAGGUGAACACCCUGACACAAAGACACAGACUGAGAGCAGUUGCACAACCAUUUUUGUGCAAGCCCCUGGGAGGUCUGUACUCCCUGCCUUACCUGGGGCAGCCACCGACCAAGGCUGCAGAGGCCCUGAGCCGUGCCGAGUGGUGGGAGCUGCUCUUCUUCGUGAAGAAGCUGGAAGCACAGGAGCAGAAGGAGAUCGCCUUUCUCAUCCAGCAGGACCAGGGAGAGCAGGUGGAUGAAGAAGCCCUGAUCCGGCUGUCGGUGCCUGUGGAGCUGGCCCAGAAGGUGCUGCAGGUCCUGGAGAAGCGGUGCCAGGGCAGCACUCUGCGUGACCUGCGUGGCUCCCGCGUCUAUGCCAGAUACUUCCUCGUUAGGGGGGCUGAGCAGGAUGGUGGGGGGAGCACGGCAGUGUCCUCAGAGGGCAGUGGCUGCAGGAGCAUUGGCCGUGAAGCUACGAUGGUCAAGUCAGCAAAGGAAGACCUUUCUGCAGCCACAGUGCCGCCCCAAGCCCCCAGUGUGGCGGCCAAGUCCGAUUCCCAGCUGUUCAGCGAGCUCUUUGGGAGGGAAGGGCUGUUCUUCCCAGAGGUGACGGAGGAGCAGAUCAAAGUGUUGGGCAGCCCCAAAGGGGUGAGCGGGAGCGGCUCGGUGGCCGAGAUUGCAGCCACGGUGGACGUGAUCCAGAGCAGCAGCUCAGCCGUAGGGCUGCGCUUAGCUGGGCUCAAGCAAAUCUUGAAGAUCCUGGAGGAGGAGCCUGAGUCCGAGCAGCAAGUUGGCACAGCCCAGGGCAGGCUGGGGACCGGGAGCGCUGGGGAGAAGCUGGUGCAGGUGGCAGUGGAGCUGCUGAGCACUGAGGUGGCAGAGAAGGCGCUGGUGGCGGUGACGCUGCGGCUGCUGGCCGUGCUGAUGGCGCAGCGCGAGUGGCGUGUGCCGUUUGCCACGGAGGGCGGCGUGCGGGCCGUGCUGGCCUGCAUGCAGCAGCACAGCUCCUCCGCCCUGGUGCAGCAGGCUGGCCUGGCGGCCCUGAAGGUGCUGGUGGGAGCUGCAGACGGUGAGCCAGGAGGUGCCGGUGGGAAGUCCUCGCCCUGGAACCACGCCGACACGCAGAUGAUGCGGGAGAUCUUUGCCAGCAUCGGCUCUGCCUCCAGCGAGGGCUCUGCCAGUCUGCUGAGUACCAUCCCUGCUGCCCUGAGCGCCAUGCAGAGGGUCCCAGGGGGCUCCUCAGGAGUGCAGAACGGCUUGCUGGUGGUGAACAUGCUGAUGGAUGGGCACCAGGGCCUGGCGGAGCAGCUGGCGAGCUGCGACCUCCCCGCGGUGCUGCAGAGCUGCUGGAGGGACGGGCAGAGCAGCGGCUGCCCUCACGCAGUGCUGGCCCUGCGCGCCAUCAACCGCCUGGCAGAGCACCGGCUGCCCCUGGGCCUGGAGGCAGCAGGCAGAGAGGCCCCGCUGGACCUGAAGGGCGUGCGGAUGCUUCUGGGCAGCCUGGAGGAUGGCGCCUUGUGCAAGGAGGUGGUGGUGGCCCUGGAGCGGCAGCUCUGCGGGGAAGGCCCUGUCCCCUCUGGGCAGGUGGCCCAGCUGCUGCAGGACCACAGCUGCUUCAGGCUGCUGCUGCGCAGCUUGGAGCUGCUGGGGGCGGAGAAGGCUGUGAGCCUGAGCAUCCUCAGGAUCCUGAACAAGUUCCUGGACAGUUAUCAGGAGGAUGUGCUGCCCUGGCACGAGUGUGUGGAGCCCUGUGUGUCCUCCCUGAGCGCCCACAGCAGCAGCUGGGAGGUGCUGCAGGAGGUCGUUGGCUUCCUGCACUGCCUGGCCACUGCCAGCAAGGACUGCGUGGUGGUGAUGUGCCACGUGGGCACCCACGAGGCUCUGUCCAAAGCCCUGGAAAAGCACAGCGUGGCUCCGUCGCUGGCACCAGCGCUGCUCAACCUGGUGACGGACUGUGAGAAGUACUCCAGCCUCUACAAGAAGCUGACGACCAGCAUCUUGGCUGGCUGCAUCCAGCUGGUCCUGGGACAGAUUGAGGAGCACCGCCGGAGCCACCAGCCCAUCAACAUCCCCUUCUUUGAUGUCUUCCUGCAAAACCUGUGCCGAGGCUCCAGCCUGGAGGUGAAGGAAGAGAAGUGUUGGGACAAGGUGCAGGUCUCCUCCAACCCACACCAGGCCAGCAGGCUCACAGACAGGAACCCCAAGACAUACUGGGAGUCAAAUGGCAGCACUGGCUCGCACUUCAUCACUGUGCACAUGCAGUGUGGUGUGGUGAUCAGGGAGAUGAGCAUGCUGGUGGCCAGUGAGGACUCCAGUUAUAUGCCAUCCCGUGUCGUGGUGCUGGGUGGGGACAGCCCUGCCACCAUCAGAACGGAGCUCAACACAGUUACCAUCCUGCCUUCAGACAGCAGAGUGAUCCUGCUGGAGAACAUGACCCGCUUCUGGCCCAUCAUCCAGAUCCGGGUGAAGCGGUGCCAGCAGGGUGGCAUUGACACACGUGUGCGUGGCAUUGAGGUGCUGGGUCCCAAGCCCACUUUGUGGCCUGUCUUCAAGGAGCAGCUGUGCCGGCGGACGUUCCUCUCCUGCACUGCUCGGGCUCACGCCUGGUGCCAGGAGAUCUGCCGGGACCGGGGGCAACUGCUGCAACUCUUUGGCAGACUGAACCGGGCGCUGCAGCACGAGCAGGGCUUCGCUGACCGCUUCCUUCCUGAUGACGAGGCAGCCCGGGCGUUGGGCAGGACGUGCUGGGAGGCCCUGGUGAACCCCUUGGUGCAGAGCAUCACUAGCCCAGGCCCCGAUGGCAUCAGUCCCUUGGCCUGGCUGCUGAGGGAGUACCUGGAGAGCGUGGAGCCGCCCCGCCGUGCCAGGGGACACAGGGCUGCCUUUGGUUCCCGUGUGCGGCGCCUGACCCAGCUCCUGGUGCACGUGGACCCUGGUGGCCCAGAGCCAGAGGAGACAAGAGCAGCUGGUGAGAAGGCAGGGAAGAACAAGGAGGUGCCGGCCAGGGCUGCGAAGGCAGUGGUGGAGAAGUCGAGCGGCUUGUGGGGAAUCUCGCAGUGCUGGCGUGGCGUGGUGCAGCAGCAGGUGCAGCAGUUCCUGGAGGCAGCAGGGCAGGUACCAGACCUUGCAGAGCAAUACUGCAGGCUGUACCAGCGCCUGCGUGGUGCCACGGAGGAGCUCUUUGGGCAGCAGGCGGCCUUCAUGCUGGCCCUGGGCCAGGGCUUUGCGGGGGCUUUGCUGCAGCUCUCCUUCCUGACUGCCCUGCACGUGAGUGAGCAGUUUGCCCGCUACCUCGAUGUGCAGAUCCAGGAGCUCCGCAGGGCAGCGCAGGGCAGCACAGGGCCGCUGGAGCAGCUGCAGCGGUUCUUGGAGCCCUUUGUCGUCUUCAGUGGCCUGGAGCUUGCCCACACCUUUGAGCACUUCUACAGGCACUACCUGGGGGACCGGCUCCUGACGCAAGGGCCGUCUUGGCUGGAAGGAGGCAUCGUGGAGCAGAUUGGGCUGUGCUUCCCCAGCCGCUUUCCCCAAGAGAUGCUGAGCAACUUGGCUGAGUCAGAGGAGCUCCAGCGGCAGUUCCACCUCUUCCAGCUGCAGGAGCAGGAUAAGCGGCUGCUGGAGCUGGACACGGGCCUGGAUGAGGUGCUGGAGACAGCCUCGGUGGCGGAUGUGCCGGAGGUGAAGGUGCUGGCCCUGUCCCCACGCUGCUGGCCUGUUUCCCCACUCUGUUACAUGGAUAACCCUGGCAGGUUUUUCUCGGCAACGCUGAGCUCCCCCCUGGAUGAGUUUGCCGACUUCUGCCAGCAGAGCCAGAGCCAGCUGGGCUGGGAGUGCACGAAGCCCCAGCGAUUGCAGUGGACGUGGCUGGGCCACGCUGAGCUGCAGUUUGGAGACUGUGUCCUCCAUGUGUCCACACUACAGAUGUACAUCCUGCUGUGCUUCAACAGCACCGAGGAGGUGGCUGUGGAGGCCCUGCUGCAGGCCACAGGGCUCCCUGCUGACCUGGUGCACCAUGCGCUGACACCGCUGACCCACGGCCAGGGCGUCCUGGUGCAGAGCUGCACGCUGGGAGGUGCACUGCGGCUGAACCAGGGAGCCCUGGCCCAGGCCUCUGGCCGCCACCUGAGGCUGCUGCCCCAGCAGAGGUACCUGCGGACAGAGAGGGCUGAGGUGAGCGCCCUGGAAAGGAAGAGGAACGUCCUCUGCUGCCUCAUAACCCGCAUCCUCAAGGUGGAGAAGCAGCUCCACGUCGACAACCUGGUGUUCAGGGUGAUUGAUGCCUGUCAGAAGGGCAGGUUGGGGCCAGGUGUGCAGUUCCUGAGCUUCUGCUGCCACAGCGUGGACGUGCUGUCCUGCGUCCUGCACCUGUUGAACCAGGGCUAUCUCCGGCGCCAGGAGGGGAGGCCUCAUGUCUUGGAAUACAUCUCUGCUGAACCCACAACACCCCCCACUUCCCAAGUCCAGCCACAGAUUGCCUUCCAGACUGUAGAGAUCAAGAUGGCAUCUAGCCUGGCCUCUGCCGAAAAGAGAAAGACUUUUUCCACAUUCAGGUAGAUGAGGACCUGGUUGGGAGGAUUUAGGCUGGGUCCAGUCUGUUUCUUCCUUGUGAGUUCUAUUUAAAUAAAUGAGCCAAGUGCCAUCCA